UGGUCGGACACAGAGGACCGCGCAUGCGUACAAGGCACAUAAACGACGACUGGAUACCUUUGACACUACUGCUGCAGUUACAUAUGCGAUGUUACAAUCGUAAUAUCAACCGGAGAUCCCAGCGUCAAUAACACCCGUCUACUAACAUAGCACAGCUAAACAAUAUAAAUACGUCAUUGUUUUCUGUCAUUUUAGCCGGCUGCUAGCUUGCUCCGUGCAGCAGUAGGAUCAUGUUUACCUCCCAAACCUCGUCCUUCCAGGAGUCAAUUGACGUGGAAGAGAGAGAUGACUUUGACAGCGAGGAAAUUGCUGGAUACAGCCAGAAAAUUCAGCUGAACUGCUACUACACCAUCUAUCUUUAUCAAGGCACAAGAUCUGAGGCUUCUGGGGCAAAUGUGGCGUGGAACCAGAGACGAACAGACUCCACAACAAGUCAGGAUGACUUUAGCCUGACACUGAUUGACAGCAGCCUGCCAUCAGAGGCGGAACCUGAGCUGCGGACCUACAUUUCAAGGAGGCUGAGCAAAGGUGCCCUGCUGGGAGGCAUGGGCAACAUCGCUACUGUGGAACUAAGUAUUCCAGAGCAGGCAGUCGGCUGCUACUGCUGUCUCCUGGAGCAGGAAAGGUCUCCUGAACAGCCUGAUGCUGAUGGAAACGGAUACGUCAUCUGCUUUAUGGGCGGCUCUGAAAAAGGACUGAACUUAUUUAGAUUAGAGCUUGAUAAAUAUGUCCAAGGCCUACAUAGCAGUCUGCAAACGCCAGAGCUGCAGAACCUUGAGACAGAGGUGCGUCCCUAUCUGAGUCAGUGGUACGAGGAGUCUGUGAUGCACAUUUAUCGGGUGGUGCAGCUGGUCCAAAGCAACAUCAGCUUUUUGCUGCAUGCUGCUCUGAAUCACACACAUGUGGAAGUCAAUAAUUCAGAUGAGAGGACAAAGGCUGAUGUGUCCAGGUUCAUCAAAGCAGCCAGUUUGCAGGGUCUCUCCCAACAAGACACCACAACAGCUUCUCUGUGUAAGGCUAUCUCAGAGGACACACACUCUGACCUGAUCAUAGACUGCUCCACCAGCCCACCCACACUCUCGAACACUGUCAGUAAUCGUUUCUGUGACAGCUGGAUUCAGGCAUUUCUAAAUGCUGCAGAGCGUUGUAAUCCUUUCCUGCUCAGACAGAUUCUGGAGAACUUCAAACUUAAGGCCAUCCAGGACAUGAACAGCCUGAAGCGUUUCGUGCGACAAGCAGAGAUGAGUCACUACGCCCUUUUUCGCUGCUGCCAGUUUCUACAGGGCUGCGGAAAUGGGGAUGUGUUGCUGCAGAAUGCCAGGGCGGAGCACAGCGACCUGCCCGAAGCCUGCAGCAUCAUCAGUGUCCUGGAGGAGUUCCUCAAAGAACAAUCCCAGGCCUGAUUCCAUUACACCUAACUCCAAGUUGUGGGGCCUGGGUACCUUGUCUGUUGCUGGUAAGACAGUCUGCUCUUCCAGCCACAAAGCAGAUAACCCAUACAAUUCUAAACCUAGCACUACAUUCUAUGUUUAACAUUAGUUCCUCAAAUAAAAAUUUAGCAGUGGGGGCAUUUUGAAUCUGUCAGCUGUUGGCAGAUUCAGAAUUUAAAUCUAAGUUAUAGGUUCCCUGUGCUGGCACUACUGCUUCUAAGAUAGAGUGGUGGUCAGAUCUGGAAUAUGUACUGUAAAACACUGACAACUGACACUCAGCUUCCAUCAGACCAUUUCUAUAGGCAGAAAAAAGUAGAUGUAUAGCAACCAAGUCGCUUUAUCAGUUUUAUUUAUACCUUUGACGUUUUUUACAAUACUUUGAACCAAAUAUUAUUGCUAGUGUUUUUGCUAACUGACAAUGAUCACAAAACAGAAUUGAUCCAAACUAAAGCUUCUACUCAUUGGAGUGGGAUUGUUUUUUGUUUUUACUUAUUUAAUAUCCAAAUAUAAUUUUGUGUGAUUGUACUAGUUUUCUUUUGAGAAGAAACCCAUUGAGGAUGCACAAAUCACAAUUAUGCAUUGCUUGUUACCUAGGCCUUGUGUGUGCUAAAAAUUCCAACCCAAUACCUGCACUACAAUAUUAUUUUUGUCUAAUGAAUACCGCUACUGUAUGUACGCAUGUCUGUCAAGUGAUAUUAGAUGUAAGUUUAAUCCUUCUUUAUUAAUACAGUGUUGUAGAUAGUGUAGUUUUUGGAUAUCAUUUUCUAUUUACAAAAUCCAAAUAGCAUUCACCAGCUAAAUACAUCAUGAGAACAAAACAGUCACUAUGUGACCAGUCACUCACUACAUUUACUAAGCAUUUGUUUGGUUUCAAAGGUUGUGCAUAAAUAAUACCCACAGAAAAAAGUAGAAAAUAAACAUGUUGAAAAAAGUAGAUGAUGUAUAACAGUACUCACAGUAAAUGUUAGCAUGCCUAAGUUUUAUUUUCCUUUCAUUGUGUAACUGCAACAAGUUUUUGUAUUCCAUUGAACCCAUAAAGGGUUUUAGAAAAUCAAACCAUUUCCAUUCAAACCGGUCCAAAGUGUGUUAUACAGCAAUAUGGUUGGUGGUAUACUAUACUUUUAAACUGUGAAGCAAGUAAAUGAUACAUUUUUUUUUUAACCACAGUGUGACUGGCCCACAGUGCGUAUAUGUUGACAUUUGUGUACAGCGUGUUCUCUGUAGUUAUAAAUGACUACGUUGUUCUUGGUCUUGAAGUAAAUACUAAAAUAAAUACCACAUUUGAACCUA